AUGCAAUUCUUGGGUAUGAUUUUUGUGGUUCUGUUCGCCCUCAUAAGCUUCCAGAGCGUGGUUUUGGCCUGCAUCAACAACGGCGACGGUUGCCAACCUGACGGAAGGCAAGUUAUUUUUAGCACGAAUAAACAUUGUUUUCUUGUAAACCCACACCUGUUCAUUAUACAUAAAUGCAGAUGUGUAUUUAGAGUUAUACUGCUGCAACUGAUUUACACACCACCGUUCAAAAUGCAAUUCUUGGGUAUGAUUUUUGUGGUUCUGUUCGCCCUCAUAAGCUUCCAAAGCGUGGUUUUGGCCUGCAUCAACAACGGCGACGGCUGCCAACCUGACGGAAGGCAAGGUAACUGCUGUUCUGGAUACUGCCACAAGGAACCUGGCUGGGCCGCUGGAUAUUGCAGAUAAAUGCCGAUUUUUAGAGAUUUUUCAGUUUUUAUUUGGGAUUAUUAAAUAAAUGCUUUAGAUAAAAAUUUUGGAUUACAAAAAUUUAGGAUUAAAAUGUUAUGUACUAAUUAAGCUUGAGCUUCUAAAAUUUAAAUUGUAAUGCAGUAAGUAAAUAUAAAUAGAAAGUGG